CAACCACUCCGACGACCACUACUGCGCCCCAAACUUCCAGCACACCUACAACCACUCCGACGACCACAACUGCGCCCCGUACAACAACCACACCUACGAGUCCACCGACCACUACUGCGCCCCAAACAUCCAGCACAUCUACAACCACCCCGACGACCACUACCGCGCCCCAAACAUCCAGCACAUCUGCAACCACUCCGACGACCACAGCUACACCUCAAACAUCCUCCACUCCUACAACCACUCCGACGACCACUACUGUGCCUCCAACAUCUUCCACACCAACAACCACUACUGCCCCCCAAUUGGCCACCACACCUACAACAGGUCCAAUGACCACCUCUACACCCCAAACAUCCACCACACCUACAAUCACUCCAACGACCACUACUACCCCCCAAACAUUCACCACACCAACAACCACUCCGAUGACCACAACUGCGCCCCAAACAUCCAGCACAUCUACAACCACUCCGGAGACCACUACUGAACCCGAAACGACCACCACAUAUACAACCACUCCGGAGACCACUACUGAGCCUGAAACGACGACCACGCCUGAGCCCGAAACGACCACCACACCUAUAACCACUGUGGAGACCUCUUCUGAGUACCCAACAACUACCACACGCGCAGUCAAUUGGGGAGCUUUUUACCCAUUUGGUGUGGGUAAUGGAGACGCAGUAAUUCCUCGCACAGACGACGGAAGUUCCUCUGUGAUUCCAUUGCAACAGACAUUUGUCUUCUUUGGAACUGCCUACCACCAAAUAUAUGUGAAUAACAAUGGUGAUCUGACGUUUGACUCAGCCUGGUACAGUUACAUUCCUUAUCACUUUCCAGCCUUUGGUAGCAAAGACAUUAUUGCUCCUUUCUGGACGGAUUUGGAUACCAGGGGUCAUGGUGUUGUUUCCUACCGUCAAGUCACCAGUGGCAGUGUUCUCCAACAGGCCACUAAUGAUAUAAACCAGUACUUUCCUCAGCUGAGCUUCACUGCUACCUGGGUCUUCAUUGCCACAUGGGACAGGGUGGCAUACUUCCCUGUGACAAACACAGAAACAUCCUUCCAAGCAGUGCUGAUCUCAGAUGGGUACAGAUCAUUUGUUCUGUUCAACUAUGGAGCCAUUGCCCCCAGAAGUCCUGUACAGGCAGGUUAUGACACAAUAAACUCCAUCCAUUACUUUUCUAUCCCGACAUCCUAUGACAGCACAAAUCUCGCAUUCAGCAGCAACAUCAAUGUUCAAGGCCGUUGGGCAUUUCGUACUGAUGGAGAUGCAAGAAACUGUCAGUAUAAUGGUGCAACAUUCCAGGUGGGUUACUCUUUCUGGAGUGACAGAACCUGCCAGGAGAAGUGCACCUGUACACGCAGUGGCCUGCAGUGCCAGUACAAUCCUUGCACCUUCUCCCAGGCAUGUCGGCCUGAUACCUUCAGGUAUAGCUGCCAGCCUGUGCAGAGGAGAACCUGCACCAUCGCCGGUGACCCCCACUAUUACACCUUCGAUGGCCAGGUUUUCCACUUCCAGGGCACCUGCACUUAUGUUCUGUCACAGGCCUGUAACACAACACUGCCAUAUUACCGUGUUGAAGGCAAGAAUGAGAACCGGGGGAGCACUCAAGUGGCCUGGACACGGAUGGUGCGGGUUAUCGUCUAUGAUGAGGAAAUAGAGAUGGUGAAAGGGUACCAAGCCCAUGCUCUGGUGAAUGGGACGUUUGUUGCAGCACCUUUCUCCCUCAGAAAUGGGAGCAUCCAGGUUUAUCAGUCUGGAUUCUCCUUGGCGAUCAGCACCGACUUUGGCCUCCUGGUGACAUACGAUGCCUACCACUAUGUUACAGUCAAUGUUCCAUAUGACUACUACAACAGCACCUGUGGACUGUGUGGCGUCUUCAACUUAAAUCCAGGGGAUGAUUUCCUGUCUUCCUCAGGACAAAUCAUGAGCUCGGAUUUAGAGUUUGCCAACAGCUGGCAAGUGUCCACAGACCCUGAUCCUCAGUGUCAACGAGCUCCAUGUGUAGGGCUGGGCUGCUCUGACUGUAGCUCUGACCAGAGAACCCUGUUCCACAGUGCAGGCCAGUGUGGUAUUCUCCAAGACCCAAAUGGGCCUUUUGCUCCCUGCCAGCAACAGCUCCCACCUCAGAACUAUGCAGACAGUUGUGUCUUAGACUUAUGUGUGGGUGGUGGAUACCAGCCAAUCCUUUGUCAGGCGCUCAGUGCCUACUCCACCCAGUGUCAACAACUCGGUAUUCAGCCAGGUCCUUGGAGGCGCCAGGGUUUCUGUGAAAUCUCUUGUCCUGCUAAUAGUCAUUUUGAAUCUAAUGGCACUGGAUGCCCUGCUUCAUGCUCCAACCCAACAUCUCCUUCCAACUGCGUCAUUCCUCCCAGGGAAAGCUGCGUAUGUAACCAAGGGUAUGUCCUGAGUGCAGGGACAUGUGUUCCCCUAGGACAGUGUGGGUGCACUUUUGAAGGUCGGUACUAUAGCUCGGGGGACACAGUCCUACUGGAUGAAAACUGCGGGCGACAGUGCAGCUGUAACCUUGGUACGAUGACUUGUACGGCCCACUCAUGUGGACCAAUGGAGACAUGUGGAGUGCAGGAUGGGGUGAGAGGAUGUCAACCGCUGAGCUACUCUACCUGUUGGGUGGAAGGGCAUCAGUUCUACCGCACCUUUGAUGGACCUUCAUUCCAGUAUCCAGGAGCUUGUGGACUUGUCAUAUCAAAGGUCAUGGAAUGGUCCCAGCAGCAGCAAUUUAGAAUAACUACUCAGAUGGUUCCUAGUGGGCCACAGGGCACUGAUUUUACCAGAAUAUUGAAUUUUGAAGCAAACAACAUUUCAGUUUCCAUCGAGAUUGGGCCCAUCAGUUUGGUGAAGGUGAAUGGGGAGGCAGCCAGUCUUCCCUUCAGCACACAGCCUGGUCGGAUUUCUGUGUAUCACAGCAGUGUAACAAGCAUUAGGUUGAAGACAGACUUCGGUGUGGCCCUACAAGUUGACUGGCCAUACCUGAUCCGCAUAACUGUGCCGAGUUCCUACAACGGUACGCUCGGAGGACUGUGUGGUAACUUCAACGGGAAUCCUGCCGAUGAAUUUCAGACUCCAAACGGUACCCUAGCUACCAGCGCUCAAGCUUUUGGAGACAGUUGGCGCAACGGAUCUCUUUCCAAUCUUUGCACUGAAACAUUUCAUGACACAGUUCAAAGAGGAAAUGAUACCAGUCAGUACCAGAAUUCAUGCAGCAUCAUGUCUUUGUCUGGUGGGCCAUUUGACCAGUGCAGACUAGUGGAAAACCCCACACAAAGGAUUGCUGACUGUGUUGAGGUCUUGUCCUUGACCAACGGUGACCACAGUGUCCUUUGCGAAGCCCUGCGAAACUACGCCCUGCUCUGUCAACAGAACGGAAUCACUGUUGGAGACUGGAGGAACUACAUUAACUGCGAACCAUCCUGCCCAUCCAACAGCCACUAUGAGAUUUGUGGAACAUCUUGCCCAGCUAUGUGCCCCAGUCUCUCCUUCCCCUUCCUAUGCUCACAACCAUGCCAGGAAGGAUGCCAGUGUAACGAUGGGUACCUCUUGAGUGACAGCCUAUGUGUGAGGACCACUAACUGUGGUUGCCAUUAUGGGGGCCACUACUAUCAGGGUGGACAAUCCUUCUGGGAUGGCAACGAGUGUUCCUCCUUCUGCACUUGUGAUGGUACCACUGGGACAGUUCGCUGCACACCCUCAUCCUGCAGUUACUUGGAAUCCUGUCGAAUUGUUGAUGGAGAGUAUGGCUGCCACCCUCUUCCUGAAGGAGUAUGUCUUGCUUCUGGAGAUCCUCACUACUCCACCUUUGAUGGGCACCGCUUUGACUUCCAGGGAACCUGUCACUAUAUACUGGCAUCCCUUUGUAACUUGACAGAUGAUAUAGAGGCCUUUGAGGUGGCAGCAAGGAACCAGCCAGUCUCUGGCCGUCCCGUGUCUUUUACAGCAGAGGUCUUCAUCAAUGUUUAUGGCCAUCAAGUAGAUAUCAGCAGUGGUUAUGGCCGCCAAGGAGAAAUCAUCAGUGGGCAGCACAGCGCAGUUCAGGUUGAUGGUGUGACGAGAAACCUACCCCUCUCCUUGAACAAUAGCCAGCUGGUUAUCUACCAGAAUGGUUUUCAAACAUUUGUUGAGGCUGACUUUGGUCUGACAGUCCACUACGAUGGCUGGAGUACUGUCUCCAUUAGUCUUCCCUCCCGCUACAGAGGCAGAACAUGCGGGAUCUGCGGCAACUUCAACGGAAAUGGCGGCGAUGACUUUGUCACACGGUCUGGCGAGCUGGUUGCAUCUGCCUCCGAUUUUAGCAGUUCCUGGAGGGUCCCAGGCAAUUACACCUGUGAUGACGGCUGUGGAGACUCCUGCUCCGCCUGCCCUGAUCAGACAGUGGCUCAGUCCAUGUGUGAGGUGUUGCACUCCAUUGAUGGACCCAUGGCCUUUUGCCAUGACCAUGUGGAUCCAGAGCCGUACUACACCAACUGCGUUUUUGAUGUAUGCCUCUCGGGGAACAGGCACGACAUCCGGUGCCAGGCCAUCCAGACCUACGUCAGUGCCUGCCAGGCUGCCAGUGCCAGAGUGAACCCCUGGAGAGAACAGACCCAAUGCUUGAUUGAGUGUCCAGCAAACAGCCACUAUGAGGUCUGUGGCACCGAUUGCAACAGCACCUGUGCCAGCAGCCUUAACUCCACCUGUGAGCAAACGUGCAGGGAGGGCUGCUUCUGUGACGAGGGAUAUUUCAGGAGCGGCGCUAACUGUGUGCCAGCGGAGCAUUGUGGUUGUCAGUUUGAUGGCUUCUAUUUCACCGCUGGUGACAAGUUCUGGACUUCAGGAUGCUCAGAGCACUGCGAGUGCACGGAAUCCGGUCAGCUGCGCUGCUCACCUGCUCACUGUAGCGCUACCGAAGAGUGUGGCAUCCGCCAGGGCCGUCUGGGCUGCUUCGAUCGUCUUUCAACCUGCACAGUGACCGGCGACCCACACUACUUCACGUUUGAUGGGGCAAUCGUUCACUUCCAGGGCACCUGCUCCUAUGAGGUUGCCAGGACGUGUGGGAAUGAAACGAGUGAUGACUUAACUUUCCGGGUGGUAGCUAGUAACCAGCACCGUGGGAAUACUCGUGUGGCCUUUGUGUCAUCAGUGGAUGUAUGGUUACGCCAGGGUGGGCAGGAGACCCACAUCUUCAUGGGUCAGAGCAGGAAUGUGAAGGUGGAUGGAACCCAGGUCCCCCUUCCUUCAAACAUCAUGUCUAUGGUUGAAAUAUUGAAAGAUGGUAACUUUGUCGUGCUGAAUGUAUCCAGUGACCUCACAAUACACUUUGAUGGCCGAAGCACAUUGUUCAUCCGACUGGGUGAGAGCUACCGAAACUCCGUAUGUGGAAUGUGCGGGAACUUUAACGGGGACCCAACGGACGAUAAGGCUUUACCAAAUGGAGCUGUGGUUUUAACGGAUGAUGAGUUUGGUGCUGGAUGGAAAUCAGACACCAGCACCCCUGGGUGUGGAGCCAGUGAUGUGACAGGAGGUGGAAAUAACUGCACUAUGAUGCAGGAUUACAGUGAACUCUGUGGAAUUAUCACCCUGAGCUCUGGCCCCUUCAGUAACUGUCAUCUUCACAUCGACCCAACUCCCUACUUCACCUCCUGCGUUUUGGACCUGUGUCUCUACUCUUCAGCCAAUCACAUGCUCUGCUCUGCAGUGGCAGCCUAUGAAGCUGUCUGUUCUGCUGUUGGCUUCCAGAUCCCAGAAUGGCGUUCACAUGUGCACUGCCCGCUGACAGACCCUUGUGAUGAGCUGGAGUGCGCAGAUAAUGAGUGGUGUGGAGAGAGGAAUGGUGUCUAUGGCUGUCUCUGCAGUGGGGAACAGAACAACACUGAUGCUGAAUAUUUUGAUUCCGAGGAAAUUUGUAAUGGCAGUUCAGCCACCAUUUCCUUGUCUCGCUGUCAGUUGUUUCAAAGUGGCUUCCCAUCCAAUUCAUUACACCUAAAUGACCGCAGUUGCACUGGAACAGUGCGUGAUGGCAGGCUGGAGUUUCACUUUGACAACGAUGAUCACAUCUGUGGGACAACUCUCACGAGCAAUGGUACUCACUUCAUCUAUCAGAACACCAUCCAUGGAGAGACCUACCCACAGGGAGCUAUCAUUAGACGGGAGAAAAUUCUCAGUGUCCCUUUCAACUGUGCAUAUUUACUGUCUCAGUCCCUGUCUAUGUCCAACACCAUCCGUCCACUGGAGAGCAUUCUGAGGAAGAAGCUACCAACAGGCGUUGGCCACUACCAAAUGAGGAUGAUUCCUUAUCUUGAUGCACAGUUCCAACAGCCCUUCACAGGUUCUGAGAUGGAGAUGGCUUUGAACCGGCAGGUGUACGUGGCUGUAGAGGUUGAGGGAGUUGACGGCAGGCAGAUCUCGACAGUGAUUGACUCCUGCUGGGCCACACCCAUUAAUGACCCUCUAAGCAGUGUACGCUGGGACCUUAUUGUACAAGAGUGCCCCAAUCCUGCUGAUGGGACUGUACAGAUUCUGCAAAAUGGCAUUUCUACCAGUAGCCGUUUUUCGUUCAAGAUGUUCACAUUCACUUCAAACUCCACCACCGUUUUCCUGCAUUGCCAGAUUCACUUGUGUGUGCUCAGCGGGAACAACUGCUCUACGUCCUGCUAUCCUGGGAAUCAGCAACGAGUUCGGAGAUCUGUUAAAUUCCAGGACACUUCUUCCAUGUCCAUUGGCCCUUUUGUCUUACAACAGACACAGACAGACACGCAAGUCCUGGAGCGGAUCUCUGUGGCCGGUGCUCCAGCUUCUGUCAGUUCUCUGCUGCCCCUGAUACUCUCAGUUGUGGCUGCAGUUGUACUGCAUUAGAGCAUC